GCUCUAGGUUAAGUACUAUUCGAAACUUUCCGGAAUCAACAUAGUGAAAGUAGGUUAAACGAAAUUGAUAGGAGCAAAAAAAAGUUCUAUGUGCUAGCUAUCAACAAAUUGUUUAUAUACUUCCACUGAAUCGCUGAAAUGGCUUACUAUGGACCACCACCUGGCAUGUGGGGCCAGGGAUUGAGCAACAUGACAGUCGCCGAUAAGGUUCCGCAGGAGCUACUCCAUCUGGUGGACCCCCACUGGCAUCAGUUUCCUCCGAUGAAUCCUCUGUGGCAUUCGAUCAUUGGAUUCGUCACUUUCGUACUUGGUGUGAUCUCCGUCUGUGGCAACGGCAUGGUAAUAUACAUCUUCUCAACGGAGAAAGGACUGCGAACGCCAUCCAAUUUGUUUAUAGUGAAUCUCGCGCUGUCUGACUUUUUGAUGAUGUGUACGAACGCCUUCACAAUGGUAUACAACUGCUACCAUGAGACCUGGUCACUGGGGGUUCUGAUGUGUGAUUUGUAUGCGUUCACCGGAUCCCUGUUCGGAUGCUGUUCGAUUUGGAGUAUGACUUUUAUCGCCUUAGAUCGCUACAACGUGAUAGUUAAAGGUUUAUCCGGUAAACCAUUAACUAACAGUGGAGCUAUUCUACGAAUCCUGAUCUGCUGGAUGAUUGGAGUUGUUUGGGGAAUCUUACCAAUGCUCGGCUGGAAUCGAUACGUUCCCGAGGGCAACAUGACCGCCUGUGGUACGGAUUACCUGACCGAUGAUUGGUUCCAUAAAUCGUACAUUCUAUGCUACUCGUUUUUCGUAUACUACGUUCCACUAUUCACAAUUAUAUACUCCUAUUUCUUCAUUGUCAAGUGCGUAUCAGAGCAUGAAAAGAACAUGCGUGAACAAGCGAAGAAAAUGAACACCAAGUCACUUCGCUCCGGCAGCGAUGAUGGCAAAUCGGCUGAAAUGAAGCUGGCGAAAAUUGCCUUGGUAACCAUCUCCCUCUGGUUUAUGGCUUGGACGCCAUACACCAUCAUCAACUAUACUGGAAUAUUUAAAACGGCCAGCAUUUCUCCGCUUGCAACCAUUUGGGGUUCAGUAUUCGCUAAAGCUAACGCGGUCUACAACCCAAUCGUGUACGGCAUCAGCCAUCCGAAAUAUAAAGCUGCUCUAGCCAAGCGUUUCCCGGCACUUUCUUGCAACGAUCCACCACAAGGUGGAGAUGGAAAAUCGAUAUCAUCCGAAACGUCGGCAGUUACAACCGAAAAUGCUUAAAUAUAUGUUCGUGUUAUGGAAUCACUCACAAGGAAUUCUCUGCUGGUACUAGUGGUUAAGCUUAAGUAUCUCAGCUCUCUGUAAUACAGAUUGUAGAUCCUCAUACGUAGUCAAAGUAAAUGUACUCAGUGUGAAUUUCAGGAGAAAUGGAAUGUUUGACUUACGCUGUUUUGACACUGAAAAAUAAAUAUCUGCAACACGGGCAAGAACCUGAAA